AUGUCUGGGCAGCAGCAGGAUGGAACUGCUGCUGCUACUAUCGCUAAUGAUGGAGCUGCGGUCACGAGUGGUGGGGGAGUGGGGAAAGAUCCUAUAGCUACUUCAUCAGCGUCUUUAGCAUCAGCAAUUGAGAAAGAGAAGGUAUUUACUACCACCGAUACAUCGAUACCUACGUCCGCGCCCUCGGAACCACUACAACCAUCGAAACCCACUCCAGAAGAAGAACCAGAGCUAGAUGAUUUUGGACUACCUGUUUUCAAGCCCGUUAUUUCGAUACACGUCGAUAGUUCUGAUGACGAAGAUGAGGAUGUUGGUCGGAAGGAUGACGAUGUUGAUGUUAGUUCUAGGACUACUGGAAGCCCCGUGCGAGAGGUUGCGGAUGAAAUUGAUGAAGGGGAAGGGGAAGGGGAGGUUACAGUUGGGGAAAAGAUGCUGGCUGGGGUUGUAGGAGUUGCUACAGUUGCCACCAUUGGCGCUAUAGCUACUUCUAGUGAGGUUAAGAAGGUUGAGGCGGACGAGAACUCUAUGGUCAAGAAUAAGGUGGACGAAGGAGAAGCCAGGAUAUCUUUGAAGCCCACAGAGACGGCUAUCAUACCCACACCCACACCCACGCCAGAAGCUCGAAUUAAGGUUGAGGAGGCGCCAGAGACCGUCAAUGCUAUUUUAGAAACACCAAAGGGCGUCCAGGCGGUAUCAGCGGCACCGGUGAUAUCAAAGGAGACCAAGGUGGUCUCGGAACAAUUAGAAACAGUCGAAGCAACCAAGGCCGAGCCUCAAAAGGAGGCCAUAAAGAUCGACCCCCCUCCGAAAACAACAUCGUUUGAGCCUUCCCCUAAGGAGGAACAACCGGAACCUCUCUCCGAUAUAAACGAUCGAACCAACCCCACUAGUCCAACUUCAACCAAUCUUCACAAUAGAAACUUAUCAAAAAGCACUAUUGAUGCUUCACUUCUCUCGCCGGCACCGGAUACCCUUCCCAAGAUCGCUAAAGACCAAAAGGAGCCCGAACAAACCGCUGCACCUACCAUAUCCUCCUGGUCACACCAGCAAUCUGCCCCUCUUACUGAGGUCAAAGAUGAGAAGGACGCCACGUCACGUCGGUCAUCCGGGGAAUGGCAGGAAAUGCCUUCUUACGCGCCCUACGAUAUCUACAAUGACGAUGGAAAGUUAAUAGCUAAAGAAUACCAUUUCUCAGACGAGGAGGGUGAAAAGGGAGAAGAAGAUGGUGUCGGGGGCGCUUCUAAGGGGUACACGCGUGUUCAAGUGGAUGAAGAUGCACAGUCUGCUACGUCAAUGGAUGAUAACACCGGUUAUCUAUUUAAGGGGGACGAAGACCAAGAUGCAGAGCGCAACCCAUUAUCACAGUUGGAAACUACAAAAGACCUCUUGACUGAGGGACAAAGGAUUGCGUACGUGGGCUUGUGUAAGUUGUGUAUGGUUGAUAUGAGGAUGGAGCUUGAUAAGCUAGUGGAGGUGAAAAAGAGCUGGGUAAAGAAGGGAGUUGGUAUUGGAAGAGAGCAUAUGAAGAUGUGGAGUCAGAUUGUGAUGGUAAGGUUGUAUAAACAUAUGGAUAUUAGUCCUGAUGAACAAAUCAUGAUCGAACAGCUUUCGGAGCAUGGUGUUGUCGCAUCGGAUCUUACACCGACAUUGAUGAAGAAUGCGAGGGUUAAAAAUCCGAUGGCUGCCGAGGAAAUGAAAUCACCACGAGACUCGGUGUCGGUUUCGCGGCCCUCAGAGUUGAGAACUUCAUCUACAGGCUCUUCGCCAAGCGUAACAAGAAAAGGCUCGCUCGACCACCGCGAGUCCGGAGAUGGUUACUCUUACAGCCAACCAGGCCCCCCUUCCUACGAAAAGCAUAUGAAUGACGAACUCCCCGCGGUUAGGACCCCGAGCCAGUUACCGGAUUCGAAAACCUUAGAUAUCGAUAUUAGAUGGACGGUGCUUUGUGAUCUCUUCCUGGUGUUAAUUUCAGAUAGUGUCUAUGACGCCCGGUCUAGAGUCCUUCUAGAAUUAGUUGGAAAACACCUUAGUAUAUCUUGGAUCGAUAUUUGUAGGUUUGAGAAGAAGGUAACAGACGCCUUGGAGAUGCAGGAGAAUGCUGCGCAGGACUGGAAGGAAUCUGGUAUCGUCGAGGAUCGAGCAAGAAGAGCCAGGAAUAAACGAUUUGCUAUGAUGGGACUCGCGACACUUGGUGGCGGACUGGUUAUUGGCUUGUCAGCCGGUUUGUUGGCACCGGUUAUCGGUGCUGGUCUUGCAGCCGGCUUUACAACGAUUGGGAUCACUACUACUGGUGCUUUCUUGGGUGGUACUGGUGGUGCGGCAUUGAUUACUACGACUGCCGCCGUUUCGGGGAGUGCAAUUGCUGGAAAGGCUGCAGGGAGAAGGACGAAAAGUGUCUCGGUAUUCGAGUUUCGACCAUUGUAUAACAGUAAGAGGGUAAAUCUUAUCGUGACGAUCAGCGGGUGGAUGAAUGGUAAAGAGGAUGACGUGAGGUUGCCGUUUUCAACGGUGGAUCCGAUUAUGGGGGAUAUCUACAGUGUGUUGUGGGAACCGGAAAUGAUGCAGAGCAUGGGUCAGACUAUUAACAUUCUCGCGACGGAGGUUCUUACACAGUCGCUGCAGCAGGUGCUUGGUAACACAGUUCUGAUGGCGUUGAUGGCAUCUUUACAAGUACCGUUGAUUUUAACGAAGCUGUCAUACCUACUUGAUAACCCCUGGAACGUAUCACUUGAUCGAGCUUGGGCCUCCGGACUCAUCCUUGCGGAUACCUUGAUCCAUAGAAAUCUCGGUGUCAGGCCGAUCACACUUGUCGGUUUCUCUUUGGGCGCAAGGGUUAUCUUCUCGUGUCUGAUGGAGCUGGCGAGGAGGAAUGCUCACGGGUUGGUGCAGAAUGUGUAUAUGUUCGGAAGUCCAGUGGUUGUGAAUCAUGAUGAGUAUAUGGCUAUCAGCGGCGUUGUGAGAGGACAAUUCGUGAAUGGAUAUUGUACUAAUGAUUGGAUAUUGGGGUACCUUUUCCGAGCUACUUCCGGUGGUCUUGGGAGGGUGGCGGGGUUGGCAGCUAUAGAAGGGAUCCCAGGUGUGGACAAUCUGGAUUGUACGGAAUAUGUCAUCGGACACAUGGCCUACAGAACGGCAAUUCCAAAGCUGCUCAAGAAGUUGGAUUGGGAGAUGUUAUCCGAAGAGUUCACGGAAAUUGAAGAAGCUGAUCCAGACCAAUUGAGAGAGAAGCAGACUGAGCUUAUUAGCGAGAUUGAAGCUGCUAGAAAAGAGCUGGAGAAAGAGCCCUCUAAAAGAAAGUGGGGUUUGUUUGGCAAGAAUAAAGAUGUGGCGAAGAAAGCGGACUGGGAGGUUUAUACUGAAGAGAAGGGAAAGAACGGCGAUGGAAGCGCAGCUGGUGAGGUUCUCCGAGACGGGGAUGGAUUGGACGAUAGGGACAAUGUCCUGUUUGACGUUGAAGCCAUCAGGAGAGAGUUGGCGUUACAGGAGGUGGAGGAUAGAGAAAAAGCAAAAGAGGAGAAAGAGAAGAUCGGAAGCUACGCAUAUGGAACGCCGAAGAUUGGGGGCGCUGCCGGGUCGCCUAAUAUUGCAACGCCAACUUAUGAUUCUAUGGCAGAUUCAAUAAAUGUGGUUAAAUCACGGCCCGGAACUGGGAAGGGUAUUCCGACGCCGAAUCCAGCGGUUGGAGGGAAGAGCCCCGCUGGGACUGCGCGAAGUUCUAGGACCUUUAGCUUUGGGAUAUUCGGAAGGAAAGGAAGUGAAGACAAAAGCCAAAACGCUUCGAGGAAUUCAUCCCAUGUGGAUUUAAGUAGUACUGUGACCAGCGGUACUACAGCAGGAGGAUAUGGAAGCCAUACACCUAUUGGAGCAGGAUCUUCGCCAGAUCUUACGAGAAGCAGUUUACAGAAGAAGAGGGACAAGAGAGGAAGUUCAGGAAGUUUGGAACCGAAGAGCCCUUGGGCUGGGUAUAGUUAUGAAGAUGAGUUCGGACAAGAUGAAGGGAAAAUUCAGAUGACCUUUGAAGAUGAAGGAGGUUCACCACCUUUACCACCUCCAAAGAGGGAUAUGGCCUCUUCUGGAGGACCAGGAGGUAGAAGGGCGGUUAGUUAUUGGGGACAAACAAGUUCUAGUUCUGGAGUUGGUUUAGGGGUUAGAGGAACUUCUCCGGGACUGGGGGGCAGUGGUGGUAGUAGCCCUCGGGUUUCUUACGAUGGGAGGGGAAGUGAGUGGAAUAGCAGUAGUGGCGGUGGUGGUGGAGGAGGAGGAGGAGGAGGAGGAGGGGCGCUGCCAGUCUUGAAUAAAGCGAGCGCAGGUGUCCCCGCGAGGAAAAGCAGUUUGGGCUAUUAUGCUGCGCCUGGUUACCAAAGGAAUGGAAGUGAGUGGGGAAAUAGCACACAGGGUAGUGUGGGUAGCGGGCAUGGGCUUCUUGGGUCGGGUACUGGGAGUGUCAAGGUGAGGGGAAGGGAGAAAGCUUUGCCGAAUAAUCCUUGGAUGGAAGAAGAUGAAGAUGAGUUUGGGAAGGAGAAAGAGAUGACUUUAAGUUUUGAGUGA